AUGCCUACAACAACAACAGCAACACCAUCAUUGUCAAAUGAAACAAUUUCUAUGAUCGUCAAGCAACAUCUGCAGUCCGCUACUGAACGUAUCGAUGAGAAUAAAGAGAAUAUCACUCUCAUCUGGUUCGAUCCAGAUAUUGAAUCACAUAUAGAUACCGAGACUACAAUAGAACGAUUACGUGAAAUCAACGAUUAUGUUCUAUUUUACACCGAACUCAAUCAAUGUCGUACGCGUAUUCAAUCAAUUCAUAAUGAAAAAAUCUUUUUAAUCAUAUCGGAUACACAAGCUCCUAAACUUUUACCAUCAAUUAUGAAUCUUCCUCAAAUCGAUUCUAUCUUCAUAUUUCGUACGGAUAAAACUGAAGAUAAAAAUUUUACGAAUGAAUAUGUUAAAAUAGUUGGUGUUUAUGAAGAUCUAGAUUCUUUAUAUUUAUCAAUAGAAGAACAAGUUAAAUUUGUUGAAAAACAAUUGGAAACAUUUCAUAUAUUUGAUCAAUUUCAAAAAUCAAUUGGAAAUUUACCAAAACAAUCAGCUGAAUUUUUUUGGUUUCAAAUUUUGAAAAAUACUAUUGAUCGUUUUCCACAAAAUCUAAAUUCUAAGACACAAGCACUUGACAUAUGUCGUAGUUAUUAUCGAGGAAAUUCUAAACAACUUAAAGAAAUCGAUGAUUUUGAAAAUAAUUAUCAAUCAAAUUCAGCUAUUCAAUGGUAUGCAAAUAAAUCUUUUGUUUAUAAAUUAAUUAGUAAAGCUUUAAGAAGUGAAGAUAUUAAUCAAUUAUAUAAUUUCCGAUUUUUUCUUCGUGAUCUUACCAAGAAUCUUGCUCGUGAACAUCGCAAACUGAUUGAAUCACCUGAAAAAACAUUGACCGUAUAUCGAGGAAUGAGAUUAUCCUCUGAAGAACUCAAUAAAUUUAAAGAAAAUCAAGGAAAAAUUAUUUCAACCGAUGGUUAUUUAUGUACUACUCGACGUCGAGAUAAAGCACUUGCUUUUGCUACGAAACCUACAGAAUAUUCUAAUAUUUUACCUAUUAUAUUCGAAAUUCAAUGUGAUAUACAACAAUUAGGUAACAAAAUUAUUUUUGCUGAUAUUGCUGAGUUCAGUGAACAUUCGAGUGAGCGAGAAGUAUUAUUUGAUUUGGAUAGUGGUUUUCGAUUGGAAAGUGUCGAACAGGAUGAUGAUCAAGUAUGGAUUAUUAAAAUGAAUGUUUCAACUGAUGCACAAACAAGCACGCAUGAUUAUAUCGAAGACACAGGUCGUGAAACUGAUAGGAAAACUAAAGGUAUUAUAUUUGGUCAAUUAAUGUGUCAAGCUGAUCAUUAUGAUAAAUCUCAACGAUAUUUUGAACAAUUAUUAGUAUAUCCAAAUGAUGAAGAUAUUGCUUGGCUUGAAUUUAAUCUUGGCUACGUUGCUCAAUAUAAAGGUGAUUUAAAACGAGCAAGAGAUUUAUAUGAUCAAGCUUAUGAUCGAAUGAUGCAUGCUAAUCCACCAAGAAUUCAAGAUUCUGCUUAUGCAUUAAGUAGCAUUGGUACUGUUCUUGAAACACAAGGAAAAUAUGAUGAAUCCCGUCAAUUUUAUGAACGAGCUUUAAAAAUACGUGAAACAUUUUAUCCUGCCGAUCAUCCAGAUAUUGCUUUAAGUCUUAGAAAUAUUGGUAGUCUUCUUUACAAGCGUCAAAAAUAUCCUGAAGCUUUAGUUUUUCUUCAACAAGCAUUGAAGAUACAAGAGAAAUAUUAUCCUGCUAUUCAUCCAGAGAUUGCUUACAGUUUAAAUCUUGUUGGUAAAGUUCUUCUUAAACAAGGAAAGAAUAGUGACGCAUUGAAAUUAUCUCAACAAGCACUUAAAAUACAAGACAAAUAUUAUCCUGAUGAUCAUCGUGAUAAAAUUGAAUGUCUUAAUAAUAUUGCAGCAAGUUAUGUGAAACUUAAGGUACCAAGAAUGGCACUUGUUAAUUACAAACGAGCAUUAGCAAUUCAAGAGAAAAAUCUACCCAUUGGACAUCCUGAUCGAGUAAAGACUGAAGCAAAUAUUCGCGAACUUUCUUCUCUUAAAUAA